UAGGUGGAUAUUCUUGUCUGACUUUUUGCAAUAGCUUGGAACAUAAUCAUUAAAAAUUUAACGGCAUUGUACUUAGUAGGCAGGCGUAAUGGCGACAGAGUCAAGCGCAGUUGAACAUGAAUCCAACGAGUCGGAUGAAGACUGUGAGGUAUACUUCCUCAAACCGGUCAACGAGUACAACAUCGUGGAGAAAAUCAAAGAAGCGAACAAGGUUUUAUUUGAAGAAACGACCGAAGUUAAUGAGAAUGCAGUGUGUGCCGAUGCCAUCGACAUCGCUGGAGAUACAACAACAGAAACAGAGGUUGGUGUCCCACUACGCAAAGUGACUUUCGCACCUAAUUUAGAAACUUACGAACCGGAUAAUGCGCUCUUGGAAACACUGAAACUUACACGUGAGUUCGAGGAAGCAGUUGCCGAGGCAAAGGAGCUCGAUAGAAAAUUGGCGACUAUUUGUGAAUAUCAGACGAUUACCGAAGAAACAAACGCAAACGCCGAAGAAAUAACUAAUACAGAAGUUGUUGAAGAAGAUAUGACAGAUCAAAAAGUGGCAGAAACUCUGCCUUUAACAGAGGCAGCACAAGAAGGUGACGCAAUUAUGCCGGAGUCAACAGUGGAUGUUCCAAGCGCAAUAGCUGCUGAGUCAACCGCUCAGCCAGAUGUCGAAGAUGAUAUUAUGGAAGAGAUUUGUGAGGAAAUUGUAGUAAUGGAUAUGGAAAAUAAGGAAGUAAAACCAGAUACAAUGAAGAUGCCAGUAGACAACCCGCGACGCAUGGUAAAAAUGCGUACAUUUGAUUGCGCCGAAGAAGAUCCACCAGAUACAAAUGAAGACGAGCAGGACAAUAAAAGUCUGACUAACCUACUAACUUCCGAUGGUGAAGAAGAGUGCUGCAGUGCUGCCACAUUCGAUAUUAACGACGCCAAUAGCGAUCUUGACGUAGACGAUAUUGAAGCGGAUACAAGUACAAACGAAGGCGAAGACAAAGCAAAUAUGCAUGCCGACGAAGAACCCAACUCCUCGAAUAAUGAUGUGACAAAUACGGAGGGCUAUGACAAUGACGACGACGACGACGACGAUGAUCUCUCGAUUAUAGUUGCCUCUUAUCUUCCCGAUGAUUUCGAUCAGAAGCGCUUGAGCAGUGGUCGCCGCAAACCCAUUAAUAAAUCACGGCGCUUACUCGCACCAUUAAGUAAACGCUUUUCUUUCCGCGGUAAGUCACUAGCUCGUAAUGCUAUCGGCACAACAAGCCAUGAUGUAGAUGGGUGUAGCAGUGGCCACAGCGCUACAUCUCGAGCGCGCCGACCUCAUUUACCCCCGCCGGAAGUGACCGAUUUAAAAUUGAACUACCGCACCUGCUGCGAAUAUCGACGUCACUUGUCGCAGCCCGAGAAACUACCCAAAUAUACGGGAUAUCUAUCGGAAUAUGGACUGAGUCGCCAGCAACUGGAGGUGCGCGAAGAAAAUUCGCAACGGCAACAGCGUUAUGUAUUGCAGCAGGCAUUGAAGGCCAACGAUGCGGAGAUGCGCAAAAUGCAGGACAAUGAACGGGCCUUCACCACAUGGUUGCGCAAUAAAAUGCGCUUUCCCAUCAAUAAAACCCGCAACAUGUUCGAUGUGAAGCACCGUAGUCCAGAUGCUGGAUUUGGCGGUGGCGCUGGCGCUUGUGGCGGCAAAAGUGCUGUGCGUAAUGCUAGCGGAAAGCGGAAAUGAAAUGACUAAUGAAGUCGUUUAGUUCAAGUAAAAAGGAUCUGCCGUGGAAUGGUGUAAUCAUGUUCGAGCUGGGAAUAUUGAGAGGCAGGAUAGCAAACACAACAAAAUACAAUGAAUUUUGCAUUUUUAUUUGGUUAAUUAUUCGUUAAUGUUAUAACAUCUUUAGUCUUGCUCUGGCCUAUGUAUUGAUUAAAUUUUUAUUAUAGAAAAUGUUUAUAGUA